AUGUCGUCCCACCUUUUCUUUGAUUGUAAGUACUCCUCUCAACUUUGGAAAUGGUUAUGUUACAAACUUAAUUUCUUCUAUCCUAUUCUCGGUUGGAAUGAUGUUUGGAGUCUUUGCAAUAAAUUUGGGGCUAGUCAAUGCAAAAAUGUUAUUGAGGCUGCCGUCAUUUAUGUCUUAAAUUCUAUUUGGCUAGCUAGAAAUAAGAUUAGAUUCCAAAGUACUAAGAUGAAUUUUUCUACUGCCACUUCAUACAUUAUGGAAGCAGUUUCUUUGGCUGGUAGUGUUGCUUUGGCGACAAAGCAUUUGAAUAUGCAUGAAUUCACUAUUAUCAACAGUUUCAAAGUUAUUAUGCGUCCUCUUAAAGCUCCUAAUAAUAUGGAGGUUAUUUGGAAGCCUCCCUCGAGGAAUUGGAUAAAAAUUAACUGUGACGGUGCUUUAUCUUCUACUUCGGGUUUGUCAGCUUGCGGUGGUAUUGUGAGAAAUAGUGAUGAGAAAUUUAUGGGAGCCUUUGCCUCUUAUUUAGGAGUUUCUAAUUCUUUCAUGGCCAAAAUCUCGGGUGCAAUGCUUUCAAUUGAGUUUGCUUGUGAGAAUAAUUUGAAUUUUAUUUGGUUAGAAACAGACUCACUGGCGAUGGUUAAAGCAUUCAAGUCCCCUUUUAUUAUGGCAUGA